AUGUUGUCAUCAAAUGCGACAGUACUUAUUUCUAUAUGGAAUAAUGCGUCAUCAAAAAUUAAUUGUUAUUUUUCUAUUUGUUUAUUUAUAUUUGGUGUUAUUGGUAAUGCUUUAAAUACACUUGUUUUAUCUCAAAGAUCACUUCGUUCAAAUUCAUGUGCAUGGCUAUUUCUUAUUUCAUCAAUUUUUAAUCUUAUUUCGAUUUUAUCUGGCCUUCCAACAAGAAUAUUAUCUGGUUGGAUUAUUCUUCUAACUGAUCGUAUUACAUGGUUAUGUAAAACUCGAGUUUUUACACUUUUAACAUCACGAUCAAUUGCUUCAUGGCUUAUUGUUUUAGCAACAUUAGAUCGUUGGUUAUUAUCAUGUAAAAAUAUUCAUUAUAGACGUAUAAGUAAAUUAAAAAAUGCUAAACGUGGAAUGAUAUUUAUUCUUAUUAUUUCCACAAUUCUUUAUUCACCUAUUUUUUUUUGUUAUCAAGCAAAUCUUAAUAAUGCACCAUUAAAAUGUUAUAGUAAAACUAUCAAAUGUCGUGUAUAUGCUGAUCAAGUUUAUACAUUUUUUACUAUAUUAAUGCCAUUAAUAUUAAUGAUGAUAUUUGGAUUUAUAACUUUGUCAAAUAUACGUAAAAUUCAUUAUCGAGCACAAAUGUUACUUUUACCAAGAUCAAGUCAAACAACAAUAAGUACUGAACAUCGACAACGAUUAAAAUCCAUUGAUCGUCAUUUACUUGCCAUGCUUCUUAUACAAAUUAGUUUUUUAAUUUUAUUUACAUUACCACAAGUUAUAGAAAUGAUUUAUUUAACAAUAACAAGAAAUCAUUUUAAAACAUCAUCACAAAAAGAAUUAGAAAAUUCAAUAUUUACAUUUGUACUUUUAUUAACUUAUUUAGCAAGUGGAAUGCCAUUUUAUAUAUAUACACUUAGUGGUGGACGAGUAUUUCGACAAGCAUUUUUAAAAAUCAUCAGACAUAUGAUUCAACAAAUGAUAGGUCGACGAAAAUAG